AUGCGUUUAUUUGAUGCUGUGCCUUUUGAGGACUAUGAGGAUGACCAGCAGGCAGAGGAAACUGAGGAGCUUGGUAAUUACGAAGAUGAUUUGGGAGGUUUCAUUGUGGAUGAUGAUGAAAUUGAUGGGAAUGGCCAAGUUGUAAGAAGGAUGAAGUUUAAAAAGAAGGUACCACGACAAGCAGCAGGUGUAUCAUCAUCUGCUCUACAAGAGGCCCAAGACAUAUUUGGUGAGGUUGAUGAGUUGUUAGCACGAAGAAAGCAAGGGCUUGAGAGGGAGGCUUCUAACUCAGGUGAGUUGAGAGGGAAGAGGCUUGAAGACGAGUUUGAGCCAUUUAUUCUUGAAGAGAAGUAUAUGACAACAAAAGAUGGUCAAAUAAAAGAAAAUGAAUUGCCUGAGAGGGUGCAGUUGUCUUAUGAGUUGACUGGCGAUCCUCCGACGGAUAACACGAUGAUAGAGGAAGAAAGUUUAUGGAUACACAGCCAACUAACUGGCGAUGGGUUUCUGUUCUUUUUCGGUGAUGAAUUGAACAAGGAUAUUGACCAGAAGGACAUUGCUAACGUUUUGACCAUGCUGCAUGUCAAAAAAUUUGAAAUUCCAUUCAUUGCAAUGUACAGAAAGGAGAAAUGUUCAAGCCUGCUAAAAAAUCUUGAUUCUUAUCAGAGUAAUGAAUAUGAUGUGCCCAAAAUGAGGUGGCAUAAGCUGCUCUGGGCAGUUCAGACCUUAGACAGAAAGUGGCUACUUCUUCAGAAGCGCAAGGUUGCUUUAGAGUUGUACUAUGAGAAACGAUUUGAUGACGAGAAACAGAGGAUAGAAGAUGUCACAAGGCAGGAACUUAACAGGCAACUUUAUAAUUCUAUCAUUGAUGCGCUAAAGGAUGCUAAAUCUGAGAAAGAGUUGGAGGAUGUUGAUGCAAAGUUCAAUUUACAUUUUCCUCCUGGUGAAGUUGAAGGACAAUUCAAACGUCCAAAAAGGAAAUCCUUGUACAGGAUCUGUCACAACGCAGGGUUAUGGGAGGUUGCCAAGCAAUUUGGGCACAGUUCUGAGCAAUUUGGUCACCAUCUAACAUUAACAAAAAUACCUGAUGUUGGUGAGCUUGAUAGCAGGAAAGAUUCUCCUGAAGUGGUUGCUGCAAAUUUCACAUGUGCAAUGUUUGAAAGGCCACAAGAUGUUCUUCGCGGUGCGAGACACAUGGCAGCAGUUGAGAUAAGUCGUGAGCCAAUUGUAAGAAAGCAUAUUCGAGGCAUCUUCAUGAAUAAAGCAGUUGUGUCAACAUGUCCCACACCUGAGGGCAAUAAGAUCAUAGAUCCAUAUCAUCAACUAUCGGGUGUUAAGUGGUUGAGAGAAAAACCACUUGAUAAGUUUGUAGAUGCACAGUGGCUUCUUAUUCAGAAAGCAGAACAAGAUAAGCUUCUCAAGGUUACUGUAAAAUUGCUAGAAGAUGCUAAGAAUGAACUGAUGUCUGAUGCACGUGAGAAUUAUCUAAGUGACUGUGUCAGCAAGUCUGCACAGUUGUGGUAUGAGCAACGAAAGAUGAUACUAGAUGAUGCCUUCUUCAGUUUCCUUCUUCCAUCAAUGGAAAAGGAGGCUCGAUCACUGUUGACAGCAAAAGCUAAACAUUGGCUCCAUAUGGAAUAUGGGAAACAGUUGUGGAACAAGGUAACUGUUGCUCCUUGGAAGAAGGAGGAGGAUGCUGAGAUUGAUUUGGAUGGCGAAUCAGAGUUGAGAGUUAUGGCCUGCUGCUCGGGUCCUGGGAAGCCAUCAAUCACCUUUGUAAUGUUAGAUUCAUCAGGAGAAUUGGUUGAUGUUAUACACGUGGGUUCUAUCAGUAACAGGUCUCAAGGUGUCACCGAGGAGCAGCAGAAGAAGAAUGGUCAGCAACGACGACAACUUUUAAAGUUUAUGACUGAUCAUCAACCACAUGUUGUGUGUGUAGGAGCAUCAAACUACAAAUGCAGACAACUCAAGGAUGAUAUUUAUGAGGUUAUUUACACGGGAAUCAUAGAAGAUAAUCCCAGAGAUGUUAUCCCUCACAUGAAAAAUCUUAGCAUUCUCUAUGGUGAUGAGUCUGUGCCUCGCUUGUAUGAGAACUCUCGAAUAUCUUCGGAUCAACUUCCUGGCCACUCAGGCAUUGUGAAGAGGGCUGUGGCACUUGGACGUUACCUUCAGAAUCCAUUGGCAAUGAUUGCUACACUAUGUGGACCUGGAAAAGAGAUACUUUCUUGGAAACUGCAUGCGCUGGAACAGUUUCUCACUCCUGAUGAGAAGUAUGAAGUUGCUGAGCAAGUAAUGGUUGAUGCAACAAAUCAGAUAGGUUUCGAUAUUAAUCUUGCUUCUAGCCAUGAGUGGCAUUUUUCAACAUUACAAUUUAUUUCUGGCCUGGGUCCACGCAAAGCUUCAGCUUUGAAAAAAGAUCUGGAUAUCUAUGCUGAGGAUGCACCACAUGAAAUGAAUGAAAUGGACGAUGACAUGCAAGAGUUGGUGAUUGAGCACAUUAGAGAAAGGCCGCAUUUUCUUCGAAAUCUUGAUAUUGAUGAAUAUAUAAAGAGCAUUUCAGAAGAAUACCGUAAAAAGGAAACACUGUGUGAUAUACAGACGGAGCUGCUGUGCGGUUUUUCUGAUUGGAGAACCCCCUAUAUCGAGCCAAGCCCAGACGAGGAGUUCUGGAUGCUUUCUGCCAUAGUUAUGGCAGACGACUAUUCUGAUGAGGGUUUCGAUCCAGAAUCAUCGCAAUUACGUGAAGGUGAUGUAUUAACUGGCAAAAUUUGUAAUUUGAAUAAAAAUAGGUCCAUGGCUCACCUAACCUGCAAGGCUAGUAAAAUGAGGGGAAAACCAUUCUCCAGUGGUGAUCAGGAUCCUUACUAUCAUGAACAAGACAUGACCUCACAGACUGCACAAGAUAAGGCUCGAAAGCAAAAGGAACUUCCAAAGAAGCAUUUCCAGCCCCGGAUGAUUGUGCAUCCCCACUUUAAGAACCUGACAGCAGAAGAAGCCAUGCAGUUUUUAUCAGAUAAAGAGCCUGGUGAAAAGGUGAUCCGGGCAAGUUCUAGGGGACCAUCAUUUUUUACUCUUACCCUAAAAAUUGCUGAUGGCGUUUAUGCACACAAGGAGAUAUCUGAAGGUGGGAAGGAUCACAAAGAAACCCUUCGCCUGGGAAAAACACUAACAAUUGACAAUGAAACUUUUGAAGACCUCGAUGAGGUUAUUGACAGAUAUGUGGACCCGUUGGUUGGACACCUCAAAAGCAUGCUCUGUUACCGUAAAUUCAGGAUGGGGCUAAAAAAUGAGGUUGAUGAGAUGUUAAGGGCAGAGAAGGCAGAGAAUCCCAUGAGAAUAGUAUAUAGUUUUGGCAUAUCUCAUGAGCAUCCGGGAACCUUUAUAUUGUCAUAUAUUAGGGGUACAAAUCUGCAUCAUGAGUAUGUCGGAUUAUAUCCAAAGGGCUUCAGAUUCAGGAAGAGAGACUUUGACAACAUUGACCGCCUCGUGUCCUAUUUCCAGAAGAAUAUUGACAAACGACCAUCUGAUGCUGAACCAUCAAUGCAAAAUGUUGCUGCAGUGGUGCCUAUGAAAAACUCAGCUUGGGGUUCUGGUGGUGGUGCUAGUGCUGGUGAUGCAAAUGAUGGUUGGAGGGGAGAUGGUAAUUAUAGGGACAGACCUUUAUCUGGAAGAUUAGGAAGGAGGUUUGAUUCAAGGAACAGCUCUGAUGGUCACGGACAAGGACGUGGGCGUGGUCAAGGUAACUUUGGCAAUGACGAUAAUGGUGGUGAUGGUAACAGUGGAGGAUGGACCAGUAAUAGUGGCUCCUCCUGGGGUGGUGUUGGUACCGACGGAGGAUCUGGAGGCAGGAAUGCUGUUGGAUGGGGUGGAGCUGGCGGUGACAGCAACCAUAGCACUGGUGGCGGUGGAGGCUGCUGGGGAUCAGCUGCGAAUCCUGCUGAUGUUGCUGGUGGGCGGUGGCGUUAG